AUUUCCGGCUGGCACCUCCAUUUUGACUUCCUGACCUUGGGCUUUUGCUGGCCACACUGUCUGUAGUCUUUACGUGCGGUCAUGUCUUUGCCGACGGUGCAGCUGUUGAGGGGCCUGACAGGUCUCACCCGGAGGCUCCCCGUGCAGCGUGCCCAGAUCCAUUCCAAGCCUCCGCGGGAGGAGCUCGGGACCAUGGAUAUCGCUGUUGGGCUCACCUCCUGCUUCCUGUGUUUCCUCCUGCCAUCGGGCUGGGUCCUGUCACAUCUGGAGAGCUACAAGAAGCGGGAGUGAAGGGGGCUGUCCUGUCCCUCACCCUAUGACCCGACCACCCCUGGUCUCUUCCUGAUCAUGUCUGCUACAUUCCUGGCCGGCCUCCCCCGGAUCAUGUCCUUCAGUUACAGUGACCUCUUCUGCAGUCAUGACCUCUCAGUUUCUCCGUGGUGACGUCCUGGGACCACAUAUAUUGGUUUAUAAGGCUCUGCUUGGUAGGGCCCUCCUUGUAACAAUAAAGUCUAUUUAAACCUUG